ACUGCCAUCGUCUGACAUGCGUGCGCACAUUCCGUGUUCAAUCCGCCGUAGCCGUAGCCUACCUGCAGUGUAUAAGAAUUGAUGUCAGUGCGUAGUUUCGGAUUAUGUGAGAACAAACUUCCUGGUCCGAAAGCAGAAUCGCUUGGUGUGUUUUUUUUUUAUGAGGAAAUGUUGUCGCACCGCUUCACAAUGCAAGACUUAUAGAUUCACUCUACCCCGGACGGCGAAAGAAGGGAUGCAUAAAGCGAUUCGCUUGUCACACCUUUUUAAAAUGGGAUUGCACCACGCUCUGAAUGCGGAUGUACAGGGCUAACACAUUUCAGAAGAAAACCAUUCCGGGAUAAAAGGGCAAAAGGAUGUUAUGGAUGUGCGAAAGUGCAAUUCUUAAAAUCAGUUGGUUCAGACUUUUCUCUUUUUUUUCUUGCAAGGAGCUGUUAACAGAUGUGCCUAAUUCCACAGCCAUGUGGUAUUAAAAAGCGUUUUACUAUCUUAAAAUGGGAAGCACUGUCAUGGAACCUAAGAACAAAGAUUCCUCCAAGAAAAACUCGAAGAAAAAGAGAGUCAUUCGUUUAAAUAUGCCCGACCUCUCUGCUUUCACCUCCAAUCUGCUGGAUGGAGAGACUGACAGGAGAGAAAAGGAAGAUAUGGCAAAGGGAGAGGGUAGCGGUCACUCUGCGAGCCCCACCAAAGGCCUCUUUGUGAGGUGCUCCAGCCCCAUGUCCGCCCCUCCCCGCACGCACACCAGCCCGGGCUCACCCAAGACCAUUUUCCCCUACCCGCCCUCCACCCCCGGCCACCAGGACUCUCCGCCCAAGUCCCCCCGCCGCCUGAGCUUCAGUGGGAUCUUCCGCUCCUCCUCCAGCAGCUCCGCCCCGGCCAGCCUCAAGUUCUUCUCCAGGUCCAGGAAAGCCUCGGGCCUGUCCUCUCCGCCCACCACACCAACCCAGACGCCCAGCCCGCCGGUGUUCUCCGUGGACGCCCAGAGCCCUGUCCCGGAGCGGGGGGAGCUGCGGUCCCGCUCCCCCUCCGCCCCCUCAGAGUCCAUCCUGCGCUACAGCCAGCCCCUCUCCUCCACCAAGCCCCCCAUCAUCGCCUCUGUUUCCAAGUCUACCUCACGACAGGUCUCUGGAUUAGCCGAAGGCAUGCUGGAAAAACUUGAAAUUGAAGAUGAAGCGCCUGAGGAGCCAGAGAAUGACAUGUAUAUUCACUUCAUGAAGUCUCAUAAUUGCUAUGAUCUCAUUCCCACAAGCUCGAAGUUGGUGGUGUUUGACACUUCUCUACAGGUCAAGAAAGCGUUCUUUGCUUUGGUGGCCAAUGGAGUUCGUGCAGCGCCACUGUGGGAGACCAAAAAGCAGAGCUUUGUGGGAAUGUUGACCAUCACAGACUUUAUAAUCAUUCUGCACAGAUACUACAAGUCACCGCUGGUUCAUCUAUAUGAGUUAGAGGAGCAUAAGAUUGAAACAUGGAGAGAUCUGUACUUGCAACAGACGUACAAGCCAUUUGUCAGUAUAUCACCUGAGGCCAGCUUGUUUGAAGCCGUCUACUCACUCAUCAAAAACAAAAUCCAUCGGCUGCCCAUCAUCGACCCGGUGACGGGCAAUGCCCUGUAUAUCCUCACACACAAGAGGGUCCUGAAAUUCCUGCAAUUGUUUGUAUGCGAGAUGCCAAAGCCUGCCCUAAUGAAGCAGACAUUAGGUGAGAUGGGCAUUGGCACCUACAAGAAUAUUGCCUUCAUCCGCCCAAACACACCCAUCAUCAAAGCUCUGAACCUGUUUGUUGAGAGAAGGGUGUCAGCUCUUCCUGUCGUGGAUGAGUCAGGCAAGGUGGUCGACAUUUAUUCCAAAUUUGACGUCAUUAACCUGGCCGCGGAGAAAACCUACAACAACUUAGAUGUGACCGUGACCCAGGCUCUAAAGCAUCGCUCGCAGUACUUCGAGGGAGUUGUCAAGUGCAACAAGCUUGAGACCCUGGACACGAUUGUGGACAGGAUUGUGAAAGCAGAGGUGCAUCGGCUGGUGGUGGUGGACGAACGCUCGUGUAUCGAGGGCGUCAUCUCCCUGUCUGACAUCCUGCAGGCUCUGGUGCUCACCCCUGCAGCUGGUGAACGGAAAGAGAGUGUAGCUGAGUGACAGGGGGCUGCUGUGGGCCCACAGGGGGCAGCAGGUCUGCCUGGUGGAACCAGACCAGUUGGCAGAGCCCUGAGGCUCCUCUGUGGUCUGGUGCCCUCAUGUCAGAACUGCCCGCCUGGUGUCACACCUGGAGUUGGCCGCCCCUCAGUCCUCAGCACUGGGAUGCGCAGGAUGGAGGCUGGAUGGACAUCCCACUGUUUCAUCCUCCUAACAGAACCGGGCCUCGUCUGCAUUGGAUUCAAAGACUGGCGCGAGUCGCGCGACUCCCGUGGGCGUUCUUGAUCUGUCUGUAUAAUGCCAACCGGGCUUGGUCAUAGCCCUUGCAACUGCUGUAAAUGUUUAUUAUCGGCACACGUAUUCUAUGCUGCUCCUUGCUGAAAUUAAUGGCAAUAGUGCCAAGUCACUCACUGUGUUUAAACCUGUGGCGACUGAAGCCAUAGACCUUAUGCUGCAUCAUACCAACUACUACAAAACAGGCUUAGGCUGCAUGCUUUAUGAAAACGUUUGGAAGUUUGGUGGGGAUAACACUGCAGAAAUGAUUUGGACUAUAUGGUUGAGUUCAAGCCAACGGCAUGGAAUUGCUUGUUGUGUGAACCACUGGAAUGGUUGAACCAGUUCAGCAGUCAGAAUGGCAAGCAGUCUUCGAGCACACUUUGUUCUUUAGUUUUGAUGACCCUAAGGCCAUAAAGCCAGAGGGUUGCAGUGAUUGUUAACUGAUUGUUUUAGCCCCUCGAGCUGAGGCUCAUUCCUCACCAGUAAGUCCAUUUAGCUCUGCUGAUGCAGGUGUGCUUCUGCCAUGUUGUCCUUGUCCAUGAAGUAUUGUGCCUUGGAACGGUCUAGCCUGCUGUAAAGCUAUCAGGGGAUUCUCACAGAUUCUGUUGGGAGAGAUCCCUCUAUUACAAAUAAUGUGAGUGUCAUUUGAGAGCAGCCCAAUAGAAUUGUGUCCAUUAUUUUUGUGGGUUUUUACGUUCCUGGAAAGGGCACAUAUUUUUCUAUGAGACAUAUGCUUUUGAAAGAUUACUUUUAAGCUGUAUUUUUUUUUUAAUAUAAAUACUGUAAGCUUUGUAUCUGUGUGUGUAUUUGUGUGUUGCUACAGUGUGCUUUCACUGACAUGGCUGGAAUAACACUAGUGUGGAGAACCGCUUUCAAUGGGUUGUUGUCCUGCCCUGUGCACGCUGGUGAUGACCAGUGAUGUAGUACCAGCUCCUGCCUGUGGAGGCAGAAGAGCGACAUGGACGUCCUAAUGCACUCACCAUGCACUGUAAAUAUGGCCUCUCAGUCAAGGAGCGUGGGCCCUCCAUUUUCAUGUGUAAAUAUUGUCCUGAGACAUACAAUGUCAGAGUUAUUUUCUUUUCUCAAAAGUGAAAAAUGAUUAAGGAUAAAAAGGAAGUGUAUUAUAUGUAAAUAAAUGGUUUAAAUAGUUA